AUGGCAGGAAGGAAUGAUGCUGCUCUUGCUGCUGCACUGCAAGCUAUGGCGCAGUCGGUGCAGAAUAACAACAAUCAUAAUGCUGGAGAUCUACAGUUUCGCAACUUAGAGAGGUUCCAGAGUAACAAGCCGCCUAAGUUUGAAGGUGGUAUCAUUGAUCCAGAUAAUGCACAGAAAUGGGUGAAGGCUAUUGAGAAGAUCUUCAGGACCAUGGGAUGCAAUGAGGAUCAAAAGGUACAGUUUGGUACGCACAUGCUGGAAGGUGAAGCUGAGGACUGGUGGGAUAACAGUCGUCAGAGAAUGGAAGCUGCAGGUACUGCUAUUACUUGGGUAGUGUUUCGAGCUGAGUUUCUGGAAAAGUACUUUCCGGAAGAUGCUCGUAGCAAGAGGGAGAUUGAGUUCCUAGAAUUGAAGCAGGGGAAUAUGACCGUUGAUGAGUAUGCUGCUCGAUUUGAGGAAUUGGUGAAGUAUUGUUCUCAUUACAAUACCAAUGAGGCUAUGAAUUCCAAGUGCAUCAAGUUUGAGAACGGGCUGCGUCCCGAGAUCAAACAGAGUAUUGCUUGUCAGAAGAUAAGGAACUAUCCAGAGCUAGUGAGCAGAAGCAGAAUUUAUGACAAUGAUAACAGAGCCAGGAUUGCACAUUACAAAGCUGUGAACGAUCGAAAAGGAAAACAGAAAGUUGGUUUUGGGAAGAAGCCAAAUGGGGGAGGGUUUGCUUCCAACCCCAUUACUUGCUUCCGAUGUGGUACCGAGGGGCACCGUGCUAAUGAAUGUCAGAAAGACAUGAAGAAGUGCUUCAAGUGUGGAAAAACAGGUCAUGUCGUGGCGGAUUGUAGAACCAGUGUGCCUACUUGCUACAACUGUGGUGAGCAGGGUCACAUUAGCACUCACUGUCAGAAGCCAAAGAAGUCUCAGACUAAUGGGACUAGGCGGCGUGUUAAUGCAAGGUGGUAA